AGAGUAUAUAUAAAACAAAUAAUAACAUAAAUAUACAUAAAUAUUAAUAUAAGUAAAAUUAUAAAUAUGUUGAUAAAAAAAUUAUAUUUAUUCUUAAUUGGUAGUUAUUGAUAUGAGCAAUAUAUUGUGGGAGUUUCUAAAGUUCAUUUUUUGUCCCUUUUAUUAUUAUCUGUACAAAAAGCCUCCAGUCGUGCAUGACAUUGCACAUACAUGCGCUUUUAUUCACAAGACGAUCUAAAAAUGAUCAGAUGACUCAGAUUUAAAAAUAUAAGCAUUGUCAUGUAGCGGUAUGGUACGGUAGUAUCGUUUAACAAGAAAGGGACAAUACGCAGGAUAAUCGAAAGACUACGUUGUCCUUCAAAAGACCAUAUUCGUAAAUCAAUCAUUGAGUUACAAUACUCAAACCCGAAAAUUUCUUUGAGGAGGGCUAUCCCUUUUUCUUCUCUUUUCUAUUAUUGUAUAAACAGUGGGCGAAUGGAUGUAAACAUCUGUUUUUGGCUUAAAUUUCAUAGUUAAAGGAGAGGGGAGUGGACAUGGGGACGGUCUUCGUCCGGGAAAGUCUCGUCGGUUAAUUCAUUUCAAUCUCGGCUCUUUACAGAAUUAACUUAGUCUCUCGAACAAGCGAAUUCAAAACGCGAUCUAUUGUGACUCGAUAUAUAUAUUAUGCGCUAAUCAAUCGAUAACAAAAGACUUUAUACAAAUUUAUCGUUGGUGUUAUGCUGACUUGUUGUGAAAGACUGUGUAGAAAGUGCAGUGAUCAAUAAACUCGAUGAACUUAUACGAAACCACGGUGUACAAGGUAAUAUUUGUGCUUUGACUCAACGUUAUCAGAAAUAUAUUAUUAGAUUAUACUACACGCGACGACCAUAGUUUCUGACGACUCGAUCACACAGCGGCUGUGUGUCUUCGGCGAUCGGAUUACAUCGGCGGGUGCAGUCUUAGCGAUAAGAUAAGAGUGAGUCGAUCAUCAAACCUCAAUCAAUGACCUCCGCACAGACUUUUGCAUAACAUAAAUGCAUAAGGAAUUUGAUUGGUUGAAUUUCUUAUGUACUUUGCUUAUGGACCAAUCAAUUUGCUCAUGUACAUACGUUAUGCGUUAUGCAAAAAUCUGUGCAGCAGCUCUUAAGGCCAUCACACAAUGCCAGGCAACAGGCAAUAGGAACAGAAAAUAAAGAAAGAGAAAAAGAGAGAAAAAGAUCCUUUCUCUCUUUCAUUAUUUCUAUUCCUAUUGCCUGUUGCCUGGCAUUGUGUUUAGGCCCUUAGUUUUAAACCGCCGUUCCAAGAGUUCACGUAAUGCUACAUUACAUUCAAAAUAAAGUUUUGUAUAAUAUCGAUAUUUCGAUAAAUAACGUGAAAAUGUUAUUUUUAAUACUGACAACGUGUCUCCUCACCGUGACUCACGCCGGAUGUCCUCUGAGGCCGCCGGUGGAACUAACUUCUGCAGAAAGAACACCGGGAGAUGGUGAUUACAAAAUUUUCAUCAACGGACAGAAAGCGAAUGGAUACAUCCCGAAUGCAACUUAUACGAUUAGUCUAGGUCGUACACUUCUAACAGAUUCACAGUUAUGGACUACGAAUUACGAUUUCACACCAAAUGGCAGAUUUUCGCGUUUUAUGCUCACGGUGCAUUCACAAAAUGAACCGGAUAAUCUCUCGGCUCGCGUCGGUCACUUCCAGCUAUAUAGCGCCUUUCAUUUCGGGGAUUCUUGGCGACGGACAGUAGCUUUCAAGGAAGACUGUAUUAACACGGUUGUCGAGGCAAACGAUAUUCCGAAGUUAGCGACUCGAGUAAUGUGGCGGGCGCCACCGGCCGGUUCCGGAUGCGUUACAUUUACCGCGAUGAUCUUGGUACAAGACUGGGUCUUGUUAACUAGUUCGUACAUCCCUGUGGUACAAUGGUUCGCGGAGGAUGGUGCUCUUACCAAGACUAUUUGCGAAUUCACAGACCCGGAAGUUGAAGAUGCGAACGAGAUGGAAGAUAUGGAAGAGCUCCAUCCUAUUUGCGAGGUGACGGAAUGGACAGACUGGUCACCAUGCAGUAGUAUCUGCAUGAAAUUUAGGAGUAGGAGAGUGAUAAGAGAUCCGACGUCGCAGGCGGAAUGCUCCUCGCUCGUGGAAUUGUUUCAGAUACACCCCUGUACUCAGUCGGCUUGUACACUCGAAACGGCAAAGGAAAAAACCAUUUGCAUGAUAACGGACGCAGAGAAAGGUCCGUGCAGAGCCAACUUAACCAGGUGGACUUUCGAUAAGCAAAAAUUAAUGUGCGUGCCUUUCACAUACGGUGGAUGCAUCAACAUUCAGAAUAGUUUCUUAACGGAGGAUGAAUGCAACAGUACUUGCGGUGUCGUGCGAGAUGUUCUUAUCGAACAGGCCGCUUACACGAAUGUAAACCAAGGUCAAAUAUCUACGGACUUGUUGAAUUCUCUAUCUCUUCCCGUGGAUUGCGUGGUAACUCGUUGGUCAAAUUGGUCGCCGUGCAGUGUCACUUGCGGGGUUGGCCGUGCCACGAGUUACCGUAUCAUCGAGCGGGAAGCUAAAAAUGGUGGCCGUCCCUGCCCGACGAAGCUGCAUCGUCGUUGCGAGCUGCCGCCGUGCGAGUGAUACAUCGAGAAGAGGAAUGUAUCUACAUUUUGCAGUGACAUUUAAAUUAGGAUAUAUGUAGUAGAUUAAGGAUUAUACUCAGGCAAAAGAUAUGCCAAAAAAGAGAUUGUUUAACUGCAUUUGCAAAGAGGUAAAUUUCUGUAAAUUUUAAUUAGAAUGUACGAAACCUAAACCAUAUACAAAAAUGCACAAUGUUUUAAAAUAAAUUACUGUGUCCCGUGUAUAAUUUAAUUAUUUCUUAUAUUUUUUUCGCCUGCGCGAUUCUUAUUCUAUGUCAAAAGAUGCUAAGGUAACGAAGAAAUAUAGCUUGAUUUUAAAAU